UGUCGGCUCAGUCGUGUGAUCAGCUGUGUCCAAUCACAGCUGACUGAUCAUCAGGGCACUGAUGAUCAGUGUGGCCCCAGAAGUGCCACCUGUCAGUGUCCAUCAGUGCCAGCAGUCGGUGCUCAUCAGUGCCACGUGCCAGUGCCCAUCAGUGCCAGCAGUCGGUGCUCAUCAGUUCCACGUGCCAGUGCCCAUCAGUGCCACAUCAAUGCCACAUAUCAGUGCAUACCAGUGCACAUCAAUGCCAUAUAUCAGUGCCCAUCUGAGCUGCCUUUCAAUGUCACCCAUCAGUGCCAGUCAGUGCCACCUAUCAAUGCCAAUCACUGCCACCUAUCAGUGCUGCCAAUCAGUGCCACCUAUCAGUGCCAGUCAGUGUCGCCUAUCAGUGCCAGUCAGUGCCACCUAACAGUGCCAGUCAGUGCUGCCUAACAGUGUCAGUCAGUG